AUGGCUUCAUCUGUCAUAUACAUGAAGUAUGCAGAGUAUCGAGCAGAAAACAAGGCAAGUGUCCUCCUUGGCUGCUCAUGUUGUUCUACAGUGGAUGAGACUAUUACAAAUGUUGCCAGAGGCCUCGCCAACAAAAUGAAGGAGAAAACUUACUGGGCAGCUGGAAGGGUGGGUGACAUUGACUUUAUUGGACCUACGAAGACUAAAGGAAAGUUUGUGAGGGUGUGCAGCAACACAGACCCAGUUUUGAUUUACAAGAUGCUGACAGAGGAGUGGGGCCUCUCUCCUCCACACUUGGUAGUGGCAUUGGUGGGAGGAGAUGAGCUGGCUCAGAUGAAGCCCUGGCUCAGGGACACUCUUAGAAAAGGACUUGUGAAAGCUGCACAGAGCACAGGGGCAUGGAUUUUAACUAAUGGCCUUCGUUUUGGCAUCACCAAGCACUUGGGCCAGGCAGUGAGGGAUCACUCCUUGGCCAGCACCUCCUCUAAAGUUCGUGUAGUUGCCAUUGGCAUCGCUCCCUGGAACAUGAUCCACAACCGAGAAGCACUGCUCACUGCCAAGGUGGAUGAGCCUGCAGCAUACAAACCACAGGACUUGCCCCAUGGCUCAGUGUAUUCCCUGGACAGCCACCAUUCUCACUUUGUGCUUGUUGAGGAGGAUCCCAACAGACCAGGAGCCACCAGUGAAAUGAGAGUGAAGCUGCUCAAACACAUCUCCCUUCAGCGCACCGGUUAUGGAGGAACAGGAAGUUUUGAGAUCCCUGUUCUGUGUCUACUGGUCCAUGGGGAGCCCAGAAUCCUAAAGAGGAUGUAUAAGGGCAUUGGAAAUUCCACGCCGUGGCUGAUUCUGGCAGGCUCUGGAGGUGUGGCUGACAUCCUAGUCACGCUGAUGAACAGAGGCUGCUGGGACACAGACAGUGUUCAUGAGCUGCUGUUGGACACCUUUCCCAAUGCCCACCACAGCACAGACAUCAGUAACUGGGUCAAGCUGAUCCAAAAGAUACUUGAUCAUGGGCAUCUUCUGACCGUCCAUGACCCUGAACAGGAAAGCUCCGCGCUGGAUACUGUCAUUCUCAAAGCUCUUGUCAAGGCUUGUAAGAGUCAAAGUCAAGAAGCUCAAGACUUUCUGGAUGAGCUGAAGCUGGCCGUGGCCUGGAACAGAGUAGAUAUCGCCAAGAGUGACAUCUUUAAUGGAGAUGUGGAGUGGAAGGCUUGUGAUCUUGAAGAAGUGAUGAUGGAUGCCCUCAUCAAUGACAAACCAGACUUUGUACGCCUCUUUGUGGACAAUGGGGUGAACCUGGGGGAGUUCCUUACCUACGGUCGCCUACAGGAACUUUACUGGUCCGUGUCUGAGAAGAGCCUCCUUCACAACCUGCUUCUGAAAAAGUAUGAGGAGAAGCAGCUCUUGCUUGGGGCGGCAAGGACACCUGGUCCACCAGGACACCACCCUACUGAACAAGGGAAACCCCGCUUCACCCUUUUUGAGGUUGCCAAAGUCCUGAAGGACUUUCUGCACGACUCUUGCAAAGGCUUUUACCAAAAGAUGCCAGCAGAGAAGCCAGCAAAGGGCCGACUGUUCCAAAGCCAGAAGAACCUGCCUGAGUUAGAGGAGCACUGUGAACAUCCUUGGCGAGAUCUCUUCCUCUGGGCUGUCCUCCAGAACCGACAGCAGAUGGCUAACUACUUUUGGGCCAUGGGCCCUGAGGCAGUUGCAGCAGCACUGGCAGGAUGUAAGAUUCUGAAAGAGAUGGCACGCCUGGAAUCUGAGGCUGAGUCUGCACGCAGUAUGAAGGAGGCCAAGUACGAGCAGUUUGCCCUUGAUGUCUUUGGAGAAUGUUAUUCCAACAGCGAAGACAGGGCCUAUGCUUUAUUAGUGAGAAGAACACACUGUUGGAGUAAAUCCACGGUUCUCAACUUGGCAACCGAGGCUGAUGCCAAAUCUUUCUUUGCCCAUGAUGGAGUUCAGGCUCUCCUCACAAAGCUGUGGUGGGGGGCUAUGACGACAGACACUGCCAUCUCCAAACUUGUGGUCUCAUUUUUCUGCCCACCCCUCAUCUGGACCAACCUCAUUAAGUUUAGUGACGAGGAGCUGGAUAACCGUGAUGGGAAGAAGGAAUUUGUGGAGCUGGACAGCCUUGAUACAGAAAAGGCUUUACUGUUAACGAACAACGAUGACCCUUUGGAUGCUUCACCUGGAGGUCAGACAUCUCAGAGCUAUGCCACUGUUUGGUGGCGCUUCUUUCUCCGCCGCUGGCGUCGCUUCUGGAGUGCUCCUGUCACAGUUUUCCUCGGCAAUGUCAUCAUGUACUUUGCCUUCCUCUGCCUCUUCACUUAUGUGCUCCUUCUAGACUUCCGCCCACCACCCCCCGAUGGUCCUGGAGCUCCAGAGAUAAUGCUCUACUUCUGGGUGUUCACCUUGGUGCUGGAAGAAAUUCGACAGAGUUUCUUCACUGACGAGGAGAUGAACAUCCUAAAGAAGUUCAAGCUCUACGUGGAGGACAACUGGAACAAGUGUGACAUGGUGGCCAUCUCACUCUUUGUUGUUGGGGUUUCCUGCCGAAUGUCGAAUGACACCUAUGAAGCGGGACGGACAGUUCUGGCCAUAGAUUUCAUGGUAUUUACUCUACGUCUGAUACACAUCUUUGCCAUUCAUAAACAGCUGGGGCCCAAGAUCAUCAUCGUGGAGAGAAUGAUGAAGGAUGUUUUCUUCUUCCUGUUUUUUCUGAGUGUGUGGCUAAUUGCUUAUGGUGUAGCUACACAGGCUCUUCUUCACCCCAAUGACCCAAGGAUUGACUGGGUGUUUCGUAGAGCCUUAUAUCGCCCAUAUCUGCACAUAUUUGGCCAAAUCCCCCUGGACGAAAUAGAUGCGGCUCGAAUGCCAGACAUUAACUGCACCAAUGACUCAGAGGAAAUUAUCAUGGGUCUGCGACCACCGUGCCCCAACGUCUAUGCCAACUGGCUGGUCAUUCUGCUGCUAGUUAUCUUCCUUCUUGUCACCAAUGUGCUUCUGCUCAACCUCCUUAUCGCCAUGUUUAGUUACACCUUCCAAGUGGUGCAGGGUAAUACAGACAUCUUCUGGAAGUUCCAGAGAUAUAACUUGAUUGUGGAAUACCACAGCCGUCCAGCACUGGCCCCACCCUUCAUCAUCAUCAGCCACAUCUCUCAGCUUGUCCUCUGCCUGGUCAAACGGCCAGAGUCUAAGCAGGAACAUCUUGAGAGGGAGCUGCCAGCAGGACUAGACCAGAGGCUCAUAACAUGGGAGACGGUGCAGAAAGAAAAUUACCUGGCAAAAGUGGAGCGCCAGCACUGGGAGAGCAGUGAGGAGAGACUCAGGAAUACCUCCUCGAAGGUUCAGAGCUUGUUAAAGAUUGUUGGUGGAUUUAAAGACCAAGAGAAGCGACUGGUAUCAGUGGAAGCUCAGGUUAGAUAUUGUGGAGAGGUGCUGUCCUGGAUGGCGGAGUGCUUCAGUCAAAGCACACUCAAAUGUGGAAAGGAUGCUCCAAAAGCUCCAAGCAUCAAGGCAGACAGUAGUGCAGACACACCUCAAAGUUACCUGGAGCCAGAAGCCAGACAAGAAGAGCAAGAAUCCAAACCUGGUCACUCAGGAUAUGGAGCCAACAAGAAAUUUCCUUACAUUGAUGAAUAAUGUUCACAACACUAACUUGUAACAGAUGGCCUCUUCCCCUUACACCUCUAAACCCAUAUUCACAAAGAAUCCUAAGACUAAAAGUAGCUCCUAGUGACGUCAUUCUAAGAAAAAUCUUAGAAUGUUCCCUCAGUAAGAAAAUAGUUAUUCAUGAAGCAUAUUAAGGCAUUAAGAGAGUUCCUAUACUGAACAGAUGUUUUUUAGGACGACCUUUAGUGAGCUUAAAAGUGUCUAAAGCAGAGAAGAUGGCGCAAAGACCAAGUAGAGAUAUUCUCCGUACAAUAAACAGUAAAUUAAUAAAACGCUACCGACUCGAUUGAGCAGGAAUCCACCCCCUAAACAGUCCAGUAAAUGAACACAUAAACUUCUAUAACAAUCAUACAAUUAUUAAUAUAGAGAUAAGAUUAACCUUAUCAUCCCUCUAGGGGGAAAUUAAAUAGUUUCAGCAGCAGGAACAGGUUAAAGGUGCACCUCUAGUCAGGUAAUAUUAGGAUGGGUAGAUAAAUAAUGGAAACAAUAAUAAAUAACAAUGAAUAAAAAGUGAACAAAAUUACAAACAAUAUAGUACAGAAUUAUUUAAAUAUUUACAGACUGUAAAAUGCUUUCAACAAUAUAAAGACAAACUCUAGACAAAAGUCUAACAAUCUAAACACUAUAUACAUUGAAGGAAGAUGUAAAUGAGGUGAAUAAGUAUUUGCUGUAUUGUACAUGAUGGUCUCAGUAGUCUAAGCCUAAAUCGUCAUCUACAAUGCUUCCACAUUCCAGGCUGGUGUAUGAAAGGAGAAGUAAAGCUCAUUGAUCUGC